AUGGGUGUGUCACCCCAUUAUGCCGAGACUCAUGAGACUCAUGAGACCUCUGGUGGCAGUCUGACUUUGAAGACCUCGGACCUCCGUCAUGAGCCUGCUUCAUCUUGGCGCAAUGAGCGUGCAAUGUCUGGCAGGUCUGGCACUGUGGUGGUGACCUCGGCCCGUCAGGUCGUGCCCAAAUCGCAGGGCAAGACCUUCCGCCCAGCCUCGCUGGGGGCCCAGGGCAUCUGGAGAUCGGGAGAUUUGGCGCCUGGUAUCUGUCCACCGAAGAACAUCGCCAUCGCCCGGGACGCCAAGCGACGUGCGGGUCUGGUGCAGCGAGGCCGGCGUUGGAUGGAGGCCCCAACGGAUGGCGCAAGCAUUCAAGCGAUUCGUUCCACUGGCGGAUCGCGCGGGGUCUCAGUCGAGGGUGAUGCAGGCAUUUUGGUACAGAAGCUGAAGGCAGAGGCCAAAUCUGCAGGCGGAGUCCUAUUGCCCGACUCGGCAAAACAGGAAAUCAACCAGGCGAAGGUGAUGGCGAUUGGCAUGGGGCGCAGGAACCCAAAGGGUGAGAUGAUCCCGAUGAACACCAAGGUGGGCGACACGGUGAUCAUCCCCAGGUACGGUGGCACCGAGAUCAAGCUGGGAGAUGAGGAAUUUCACAUCUACAGGGAUGAGGCAACGCAGACGAGCUACUUCACCCACUUCGGCACACUUCCAUUUCAGGGCUAUUUGGAUAGGUGCAGGGACGGAGACGGUUGCAUCGAAAAGAACUCAGACGGUUGCAUCUGGCUCGCAGAUGGACGUGUUGAAUCCGUGGUGGUGACCUUCGCCUUCCCGGUGAAUGAGGUCUUGUCGGCCAGACGGCCAGGCUCCCGCGGCACGUCGCCGGUGUCGCGGCACGUGGAGGGCAGGAGCGCUUUCCCGACGGUGUCCUUCCCUCGGGCUUACUCAGAAGUGAUCAGCCACGAGCAUAUUCUACGCCAGGCACUACAUGUGGAGCGCCCACAGCGCCUGGAACGAACCGCGUUUCGCACCGUCCGCGCGCCCGACCCGGAGCGUCACCCCGACGCACCGACGCGUCACCCGCGGCACCGGGGUGUGCGCUCCACAGCGCGGUCGCCCACGCCAACGCCCAGGCGGGUCACCGGAGCAUCUCCCUUGCCGAGAGCUUGGUCUGCAGUGACUUGGAAUAGCAGCAGCCCAAAUCCCACCUUGCUGACCUCCUCGCCCCAGAGAGACUUCGAGGACCACUGGCUGAAUGACUUCAUCAAACUUGCUUAUGACGACCCCAAGAAGCAGCCGAUGUUCCCACAGCUGCCGAUGGCGGCCGUGGUGGUCGGGCGCCAGCCAGGCCCAGGUCCCACCUGGUCCGCGACCCCCAGCAGCCCGCGGCCGCCGAGGAUCAUUGCCAGCCCUCGACCACAUCAAUCGAAUCACAGUGGCCCCAGCAGCGCGCCAAGCGGGUCCUUCUCCUCCUUCGUGGGCUGCGGUGCCCCCGAGCGCAAGGCUCCAAAUCUGCCCAACAGCUCAGAGCGAGCACAGAUCUCGACAUCUCGAGCCUCCCAAUUCAGCGAGAGGGCUCCCGUUCAGGAGAACCCCGAGUUCAGCGUUCCAAGCUCCGAUUUGGAUGGCCUCCUAAGGUACCUGCGGAGCCUUGGAGAGCUGAAUCUACGGAUCACCGAGGCUGUUUACAGCGUGAACUCCUGGAUGCUGUAUGGCUUUAUCCCUUUGAGGCAUCACGGUUUCAUUCUUUUUACUGAGGGCAGCAGAAGAUGCGGAACGGAUCCCUAUUUGACGCUGGACUUCAGCUCAAGGGGCAUCCUUUGGGACACCUUCGAUAUGUAUCCCGAUGUACCGGAGGGUACCAUCUUCUCCAAGACGUACAAGAUCAAUAUGGAUCCCAUGGUCUUGAGAGAUUACUGCAAGGCGACCCAGCCGUUUAGCUGGCCAGACAACGACUGCAAGCAUUGGGCCAAGGGCGUCCUAAUGUUGAUGGGCAUCCGAGAAGAUCCCGCGAGCGAUGGUGCUAUCGAGCGCCUCACUAGGGGUCACAUUGGCUUGCGAGAGAUGAUCACCUGUGGUGGUGCAAGUCCCAAUGGACAUCGUCUCAUGGGAUGCAUGCCCUGA